UCAAUUUGACAUAAACGUCUAAAAAACGCCUGGAUUGUUUCUUUCCAUUGGCUUAAAAUUGUCAUGCAUUUUUUCUCCCGCGCUAUAUAAACAGUUUGCCAAAGUUUUGUUUUGCGAUACCAUACCACUGCGUCUAGGUGAACACUGCAAUGAAAAUGGUGAUUCCGUAUGUGAUAGUUUUGCUAUGUCUUGUGUCGCCAUCAACUCAAUUCAACCCAUUUAACAAUUUUGGACAAGAUGGUUUCGAUAUUGGACAAGGAAUAGGAAAUACCCAAGUAUUUGACGAUGCAGAAAGCGCCUCUAUAAUUCAAACAGGAGAAAGCUUUCCCGCUCAGGUUUCUGUAGUAGAUAGUGGUCCUGCUGAUAUAGGUCCUGUAGGCGGAGGAGGUGAUGGAUUUGGGGGUCUUCUCAUGAUGGGACUUCCUCUUUUACUCCUCUUGGCGGCAUUAGGAGGAGGUGCUGGACUGACAGCUACUGCAGCUACUCCAGCUGCUGCAGCAGCUGCCGCUGCCACGGCAUGUCCAGUUUGUACAACGCCAGUACAGGCAACAUGUCCUACAACAGCAGCACAAUGUAGCCCUAGAGCAGCAUGUCCAGCAGGUUUUGCGGUUGUUACAAAUGCGGAUGCAAAUAAAUGCUACAGAGUAAUAGACACUGAUUCUGCAAAUUAUCGUGCUGCAAGUGUUGCGUGUUCUACUGCGGGAGGAUCACUUUUUGAGGCUAGAUCGACACAAGAAUUAAAUGCAAUACGGGAAAUUAUACCGACGAGUAAUCCGGCUCCUGGUUAUUACAUUGGAUUCAACAACAUUGGCGCUGCUACUAGUAACCCAACAGGGGUGCACACCGGUGUCUCGCUUCCAGCUAAUGGACAAAUUCCGGAUUUUUCUGGUACUACGGUCGACUGUGUACAGGUUAGGAAAACUGGAACUUUUGAAGUAAAAGAUUGUGGUGCACCUGCAAAGGUACUCUGUGAAGCGAGAUUGGACAAGGUCAACUGUGUGUGUCCGUAG